GAUGGGGAGUGGGGGGUUCGUUUGACCCGGAAAAAGAGCGAGAGUUGCGAGGUGGUCGGUCGGAUGCUGGUGCGGUGCGGUGACGGCUGCAUCUCCGCGGGGGACUCUCGCCAGACCAGAGCCGGCUGACAAUUUUUCGCUGUGGGUGUCGCUCGGUGUGAUGUGGAGGAUCAGAAAUGCCUUAUGUGGAUCGACAGAAUCGAAUUUGUGGAUUUUUAGACAUUGAAGAAAAUGAAAACAGUGGAAAAUUUCUGCGCCGUUACUUUAUACUGGACACUCAUGCAGAUAGCUUGCUGUGGUAUAUGGACAAUCCACAGAACCUUCCUUUAGGAGCAUCGCAUGUUGGAGCUCUUAAGCUUACCUAUAUUUCUAAGGUCAGUGAUGCAACAAAGCAGCGACCAAAAGCAGAGUACUGUUUUGUUAUUAAUGCAGGAAUGAGAAAAUACUUUCUGCAAGCCAAUGAUCAGCAAGAUUUGGUUGAGUGGGUGAAUAUUCUGAACAAAGCCACCAAGAUCACAGUGCCAAAACCAUCAGAUGUUCAGUUGAACACGGAUAACCAGAAUUGUCUCGUGGAGGGGCCAUGUGGACGGAAGCCUGGACCAUACAAAACCGAAAUUAUUGGUGGUGUUCCUAUUAUUACACAGACUAGCCAGGAUGGAAUGGAAUUUCUCGAAGGAAUUGACAAAAGUAAUUUGAAGCGUUCCCAAAGUCAGCUAACGUAUUUUAUUGGUAAACCUACACCUGAUCAAGCAGUCAUUAAAAGUGGUUACUGCGUUAAACAAGGAGCAGUGAUGAAAAACUGGAAAAGAAGAUAUUUCAUACUAGAUGAAAAUUCCAUAAGUUAUUACAAAUCCGAUCUGGAUAAAGAGCCGCUUCGCAGUAUACCACUUAAGGAAGUUAAUAAAGUUCAAGAAUGUAAACAAAGAGAAAUCUUGUUACGAGACAACUUGUUUGAAAUAGUCACUAAUUUUAGAACAUUUUAUGUUCAGACUGACAGCCCUGAAGAUAUGCACAACUGGAUCAAGGCAAUAUCUGGUGCAAUAGUAGCACAGCGAGGUCCUGGAAGAUCAGCAGCUUCUAUGCGGCAAGCCAGACGGCUGUCGAAUCCUUGUAUACAGAGGUAUACAUCAAGAACUGGUGAAUGCAGCAUGAGCCUCUCGACACUUGCACAGCAGAAUCCAGCGCAGUCUCAUCAUUCGCAAAAACAUCAGCCAUCUAUAAUCCCCACAAUCUCACCACCAGUAUCCCUGCAGACCACAAUACCCAGCAUCUCCAGGAGAAGCGAGGAUUUCACAAGUCUUCUUCCAUGGCUCAGUCAGAGCCGAACAAGAACCAGACUCUCUCUACCAGAAAACCAGCUGCCAAAGUGAUGAAAGAUGACUCUGUGCUUCAAAGUAAAAAUGGCAUGCAGGAGGAUUACCCUGUUCCUGUAGAUCUGGAUGAUGCCAGCCUUCCUGUUAGCGACAUCUGAAAAUGGAAAUUGAAGGUCUACAUCAUGUGUUUUGGAGCUGUAAGGAAGACAAGAGUUUACUCUCAUAUUCAAACCUUUGCUUCUAGAUUCACCUCUAAUCUAUGUAGUGAAGUGAACCAGCUAAGAUCACUCUGACAGAUUCCAUGUUCCAAUAUCAAUAGAUACAUUUGGAUCAAUUAAGUGUUCCAUUAUCUGCCUACUUUGUUUGUGCCUGAAGAACAUUUUAGUGUACUGCCUUGGUCCUAAAGAUACUGCACCUUGUCACUAAACAUACAGAUUACUUUUUUAUAUAUUUGGGUCAGUAAAAAUUUCCAUUGUGGAAAAUCUUAUACUAAUUCAUCAGUCUUUAACUUGGGGGGGGGGGGGGGUCUGUGUUUUAAUGUAUCAAAACCCUUUUUGCUUAAAGUGCCUGACUUUACAUUCUGGAACCAAGUUUUCAAAUGUAUCAAUAUAUGGUCUAUAUUGCACAAUGUCACAUUUUGUUAUCUUAAAUUAAUUUGGAGGAGAUGCUGUAAUUUGAUUGGGUGAAUUUAAAUUGAUAGAAUUAUACUGUAGCUCAUUUGGUUGCCCGUGCAAUACUUUUCACUAAUCAUAAACUGCAAAAGUUAUUAGUAAUAUCACGGGGUGAAUGUGAAUAGUGCUGCAUGUAUUUUUGUUAAAUAUUUUUAAUUAUAUAAGCAGAAUCGUAUGCAGAUGUCCACCAAAUAUUUUCAUGUUGAGUUCUCUGGAGGGUUAGUGGGUGAAUGUCUUGAACACGAUAUUCAGCUAACUGGUUCCUAUGUGGAACUCGAGGAUCUGUAAAGACUUGAAGAAACACCUAAUUGGAGCAUUAAUAGGAAUUGGACAUUGCAUUUUGGUUAAGUUCAUAUGGAUAUUUUUAUGAUGAACAUGUGGCAGUCACUUGAGUUAUGGUACAUACGUUAAUUCCUAUUUAGUCAAUAUGCACAGUAAUUAAGUUUUUACCUUUAAACUGCUAGUAUUUCUGUAGAUUUUAAUCAUAGGAUAUCAUAGUGUAUUUUCCACUGAAGAAUUUGGGAUAAAAUAUUUAUUUCACACAUACUCUAUAGGAGUUGUCAUUAAUAUUCAUUUGUUUGUAUGGAAAAUUAACUUUUUCUUUGGGAGAUGUUUUCAACUGUUACAUCUGUUCAGUUAGUGCCAAAUGUGGGGAACUAUUUGGGUAGGAAGGAAUUGGAACUGCUGUAUACUGUGUGAAUAGGACAGCUUAUUUUUUUUGUAUCUGAUGUAUUACAUUAACGUGUUCAUCCAAUUUAUGAUUUUAAUGCAAGAAAUUAUGCUUGGAUGCUGUAAAAUGUUUUAUUUUCUGACCUGCUGCUCAACUGAAAAUGGUAAGUAAGGAAAGUCCUGGUUGCAAAGGCUGAACUAUCACAUGGUAUGUCAGCAAUUCAGUUUGGGAAUUAUUUGGAAAAUAGGAGCCCCCUGUGGAAAAGCUAACUCAUUACAACUUUAAAAAACUUGGCGAUGCCUGGAGGGUACUUUGUGUUACAGAUUUUUGAAGUUAUAGCAGUUGCUGGGCUUAAUUCCACAAUCUUACUUUGAUCGAUUAAUUUAUUGGUGGAUUUUGAUAAACAAAAGUAUCAGUAGCUUGAAUCACUUUAAUGCUUCAAUUGACAAAAUGGUUAACUUUUGUUUUUCGAAGUACUUCAUAGAUUUACAUUUGUUUUCUGUAGUGUUAUAAAUUUUGGAGGCCUUCAGAACAUCGGGGUUUUCCAAAUUCAAACAUAGUUUAAUUGUUACAUGACUUGAUGAAAAUAUUUACUAUGAUUAAUCUCAUAGCAGCUUAAUUUCAUAUUUAAAUCCUGUGAUGUUGCAUGCCCGAGUUUUGCAGUUUGCUUUGUUUAAGUUUGUCGUUGGAAAGAACAAAAUACAUUAAUGCAGGGCUCUUUUUUUUUAUAUAAUCAACCGGUAUAGCUGUGCCUCUAGUGUUAACAUGUUUUGAUAUUGGUUGUCUACAGUUUGUGUUCUAAAUUAAAUAGUUUAACUGCUAAUAUCUCUUAUUGUUGAACAGGGUCAUCAAUAUAUGUAACAUAGUACAAAUAUCAAAGAUGAUCACUUUUUAAACUGAGGGUGAAAGUGCUCCUGACAUUACCUUUUGAACACACUAAAGCUUCUGUUCCCUUCCCACUGCGACAAUGAAAAUUGAAAUAUCUGAAUUGCGUUUUACCACCCAAAAUGGAUAGAAAAGAUGAAAAAAUGAUUCCUCACUUGAUCAGUUUUCUUUUCCGUGUGUGGAAAUAAAUUGUUUGGUUAACUACAUUUAUUCUUAAAAGAAGCCUGUUGUGAAAAGUUACCUUUAGAACCUGAAAAAUGUUCAUAUGUUUAGUUUAAUAUUUUUAUUUUUAUAAUUGUAGAUUUGCUAAGCUUGUUUGGCACUGGUACUGCUUCUGAUAUUGCAUGUGCUACUGCUGUAUACUUGAAAACAUUCUGUAUGGAUUGGGUGAAGAAAUUGACUGCAUUUACACUAUUAUAGGGGACUAUAUUCAACUACUGGUGAACUAAAAAUAUCUAAUAUUUGAGUUGGGAAAAUGUCUAUUUCUGAAUUAGUCUGCUAACAAAAACUUUUAUUUAUCUUUGCUGAACUUUUUAUAUAAAUCUAUUAAAAUGUUUAAAUUAUUUUUGAUGGCUAUGUAAGGAGUGUCCUGGACGAUGUUUGCUCAUCUGAGACAAUAAAAUAAUACAUGAUUUUUA